GACUAAUUAUGGUGUUUAGAUUUUUUUCCCUCUGAUUUUCAACUAAAGUAGAGGAGAGCAGGAAAAGCAAAUUGGGAAGCGACGAAUCAGCCGGAGCAAAUACCGUCGAUAUCGAAGAAAGUUUCUUCUUUUUUAGUUCUGGACAAAGAGGUUGGGAUUGGGAAUGGCUGGUAACGCAGAUACUAGUAAUUCAUCAUCAAGACAAUGCCUUGGGGUGUGGAAUCAUGAGAUGGAAUCUAGUCAAUUGCGUGUAGAUAGUUUACAAGAUGAACUUAUAGAUGUGGAGACUUCCCUAGAGGAUUCAGAGGCAUUAGAUGUUCUGUUAGGUAGGGUCAAAUCAGCUGCAGCAAGCUUGCGCUGUUUAAGAUCAAAAGCUAGAAUCUUGGCCGUUCCUGGUCUAACCCAUCUGUCACUUGGUGCUGAACAGCUAGAACUGGACUAUGAUAGUUCAGCUUCUCAAGUGGCUAGUCCAGGUGGAGAUACAUUGGCUGGAACUGAAAAGAAGCAGGAUUCCUUGUUUAUAGAGGAUGGAGCCUUUACUUGGAAGACGUUUCAGUCCAUAGAGAUGGUUAUUGAUGUGCUCGAGUCUCUUUUGAGGAGGGUCAUAUCAGCUAAUACUGAAACGUCUUUUCAAAAGGAGAGGGUAAUUAUAUGUGAGGAAGAUAUUAGAAGGAAGACGGAACAAAUCGAGAUUCUCUAUUUGAGGUUAGAAGAGAUCAAACAAAUUGUACAUGGGAAUAAAACUGUUCUAGACGAAACAGCAGAGUUAAUUAAGAAACUAGUUGAAGAUAGUCGGAGAGAUAGAGAAAUGGCUAUGGAGAAUGAAGAGGAGCUCCGUCGUGUGAAGGCAGAGUGUGAGUCACUUAGAAAUUACGUCAAUACUUCCACCAGUGUUAUAGAAACACUUGUUUCAUCCGAGCGGCAAUUCCAUACCAUUGAAGCCCGGUUGGUUGCUAAGUCGACACAACUGGAAGGUGAGAAAGCACAGAAAGAAGUUGAAGUGCAAAAGCUAAUGGAGGAGAAUAUGAAGCUGAGCGCUCGUCUUGACAAGAAAGAAGCUCAGCUUCUGGCCUUAAACGAACAGUGCAAAGUCAUGGCUUUGAAUGCUUCAAACACCUGACAAAAGAGAAGAUCAUUGACAUGUAAUCCUUUGAUAUAAUAGGUGUACUUAUUUUGCUAUCAGCUUCUUUUCUUUUUUAGAAUUGACAUUUAUCUGUAGAACAUGGCUUUGAAGAAAGCAAGCAUAGUUGAUCUGUUUUUGCCUUGUCUCUUUUCAAUGACACCUAAAAGUCAUAGCUAACUUUUUGCUUC